AUGGAUUAGGAGUAGAAGAAAAAUAAUCUAAUGAAUAUCUAUCAAGAGGCCAAGAAGAUUGAGAAUAAGUUGAAGGUCCAAAAUUUGUAUUCUCUCAAAAGCAUUUUGAAUGAACUAUCAAAAUAAUAAAAGAAAACACCAAGUACAUCUUUGCAUACAACAGCAAGCAAGAGAAACUAAGAGUCAAAAUUAAAAAUAUCUAAUUUAGCGUCUUCUCCUAAAACAAGCUAUCGUUCAACUUUGUAAUUAACCAAAAGAAAUUAAUGGAUCGAUUUAAUAAACAAACAAUAUUAAUAAUAUAUUCAGUCUGAUUAAAUUGCAAUCACUGAAUAUCGGUAUAAUUACUAUUCAUCUUAGAACAAUCUCAUAAAUGAAUACAAUUUUAAUUUCUGA